CACACACACACACACACACACACACAUAAAAAUAUCUGGUAAUUUAAUGCAAGAAGACUGAGAUGUGAAUAGAACAAUUUAAGCUGAACAGAAGAGAUAUGUAAUGACGUCCACGAGGUUACUAUCGUGUUAAUUACGACAUCAAAAACUGGUUACUGAUAUCGACUUACAAAAGAAAAAUUUUUUACAUAUACCUCCCAUUAAUCGUGCCCACUCAUAAAUGAUGCAUUUUAUUUCACAACAACAAAUCAAUUAGAAUCUUAUGUCUUCAUCAAUAUUACUAAGCAUCUAAAAAUAGAGACAGAUUUUACAGUGUGGUACCCUAUGUUUAACAUUUUUUCGCAUAUAUGUCACUUUAUUUUAAGUUUUCUCACAGUAAUCGUAUCAAGAUACAUGGAGACGAAAAUGAGGUUAAUACUACUUCUUGGAGUCAUUCUGAUAUAUACCGUCAUAAUGGCUGGUGGAAUGUAUUCUAAGAAUAUAACAGAUUGUUCACGUGUUUCUGAAAAUUUAAACAUCUCUGAAGUAAUACCAAUAAGAUAUGAUGUCAGAAUCAUUGUAAAACCACGUCAAAGAGUUUUGUCAACCUACCUAAAUAUUUUGAUCGACGUCAAGGAACCAACGUGGAACAUAAGCUUACACACAACAUCGACACGCGGUUACGAAGCUGAUGCCGCACCGGGAGAUGAACAGUAUAAACUGUUCGAGUUCCAAUAUUGCAUAAAAAAGGAAAUUUUAAUUUUGAAGUUUAACGUAAAACUAACUAAAGGACAAUAUCGGUUAAUACUAGUUAUUAGAUCCGUUUUAAAUAAUAAUGUCCAGAAUAUUUUCUAUCCAACUACUUGGACCACUAAUAAUCAAACUUGGUUGCUAACGAAUCUCUAUACACCACACGCAAUACGAUCAUUCUUUCCAUGCUGGGACGAUCCGAGAGUAAGAGCAUCAUACAACAUCUCAAUCCAAUUUCCUGCAGAUUACACAGUUCUCUCAACAGUACCCGAAAAACUUUCUUCCUAUAUACAAGAUCUACUAUUUACACAAUCGGGCAUAAAAUUAACACAGUUCAAAGAAUUUAUUUCGACGCCCACACAUCUUGUAGCAUUUUUGGUGGUCGGUGAUAUCACAAUAGAUUUUGAAUCACAAGGUUUCCAUUAUAUAUGGCACAAAACAGAUGCGGAUAAGAAAUUCACUCAUGUACUAGAAAUAGCAGAAAUGACGACAGCUUAUUUUAAUGCAUAUAUGAAAAUAAACAUAUCGGACAUCACUCCAACAAUUAACCAUGUUGUACUUCCAAAUAGUCCUAUGAAAUCAAUGGGUGCACCCGGACUUGUUGUUUACAGGGAAAGCAAUAUUAUGUUCGAUAAAGCUUUAGAUUUUCCCAGUCAGUCUAUUGAUGUUAUAAUGUUGAUAACAUACGAAAUGGCGCGUCAAUUGUUUGUUGGAAUUGUCGGCCCGGAACUAAGCGCUAAUUAUGUGUGGUUAAAUGAAAUAUUCGCAUCAUUCUACGGCUAUCAUAUCAUAAGUUCUUUCAUAUCAUUCUACGGCCAACAUAUGAUAAACAAGAUACGAACAUCAGAACGAUUAAUGGAACUGUUCGUAGUUAAAAUUAUUCAGCCUACUUUAGAUAGUGACGUGCUCUUAGAGAGAGAACCUAUUAUAUACAAGGCUAAAGUCAGUAAUGGAAUUGAUGGAUUACUUUAUCCUCUUCUUUAUCAUAAGAAAGCUUACGCUCUAAUCCGCAUGCUGUUCAAACUUUACAAUCCCAAAACUUUCAAAGACGCCAUUAGGAUAUAUGUAUACGAACGAGUGGACGUGUGGAUUAUAUUGGAAAACCUUUAUUCUCUAAAAUUCGAAAGCGACUAUACGGUAAAAGAAUUUAUGAAUUCAUGGUUGGCGGCAAAGCACCAUCCCGAACUGCUCAUCCAACGUGAUUAUGAAAAGUGGACUGCAGCUUGUAUUUCAUCACGUACGUUCAUUGAUGAUAAUUCCAAAUGGAUAAUACCUGUCAAUUACUUUACGGAAUCUAAUUACGCGUCCUACAAUAUCUCGGAGGUUCUUUGGCUGAAUUGGGGUAAAAUAAAACAUAUUACUGCCAUAAGUAGUGAUGAUUUUCUCAUAGUCAACACAGAACAAAUAGGUUAUUAUCGUGUUAACUACGACAAUAGGAACUGGCUACUGAUAUCAAAUUACUUACAAAAGAACAAUUUCUCACAUAUACCUCCAAUUAACCGCGCCCAACUCAUAAAUGAUGCGUAUUAUUUCACAACAAUGAAUCAACUCCCAGCUUAUAUCUUCGUCAAUAUCACUAAGCAUCUAAAGAAGGACACAGAUUUUGUAGCGUGGUAUCCUAUGCUUAACAUUUUGACUUAUAUGUCAACUUACUUUGAAUUAUCUGAGAGCAAUCGUAUCAAGGAACACUUUGUGGAACUCCUGGGUGAAACAAUUAGAAUAAUAGAAUACGAGGACAGGUCAUGGGAUAAUAAUAUGAGAAAAUCGUUAAGAUAUCUUACACGAAAGUGGGCCUGUAAAUUUGGUCACGCAGUGUGUCGAAAUACAGCAUACAACCGUUUGAUGUAUUAUACAACUGAUAAGAAUGAACUAUACAAAAUUCCAGCAACGUCAAAGGAAUGGAUACUUUGCGAUGGGGUGAAGAUAGAUGAUUUAAAUACAUGGGAAAUGAUUUUGAAUAAAAGUAUGCAUUACACAGAGCUCCUAGAAUAUUUGCCAUGUACUGAAAAUAGUACAAUUAUCUUGUAUUUUUUAAAAUUGAUAAUACGGACAACUCAUUUCUCGGGAAUAAAACAAUCUAUGGGACCAAUAUGUCGUAAUAUUGUGAAAAAACAUGUUAGGAGAAGUCCUGUGCUAGAAUUUGUAAUCGACAAUUUUGGUAUAAUACAAAACAGAUUUCAGCAAGAUUUCCCUCCUGGCGUUUUAUUAAGUGAUAUAAUUAUGAACAUCUAUUCUAUGGACGACCUCAACAUGAUAGAAGAACAUGCAAGUAAAUGCACUUGGCUUGUUGGUAAUGCGUCCACAUCGUUUAAAUUAUUGAUUAAACUGCGGAGAGCAUACUUAAGAAAAGUGUUGAGCAAGUUUCAAAUGUUUCAUAAUCCACUUUAAAAUACUUUAAAACAUCGACAUUACGGUCUCCCGGAUCAAUGAAAAAAUCAACAUCAUAUGGAAUGAUCAAAAUAAUCGUCAUACAAUUGCAAUUAUUAUUAAAAAUGUGUCCCGAAAUGACAAACAAAUUUUUAAUAUUAAAAUACUAAAAUGUGAUAUGUACUACUUGGCUUCCUAUAACAUCAAACACUUAUACAAAACCAUAUCUGACAUAAAAUAAGAUUCAUCCUUUUUCUAUUUAAAUAAUGAUCGUUCAUAAUGAUGAGUGAUCGUUCAUUAGCUUCGUUAAAUGAGAUUUACUUAGAACGAGUAGAUAUAUUAAUGAAUAAACGAGAAUUUAUUAAAAAAGAGACUGAUACGUGCUUUGUAACCAUAGAGCUAUGUAUGUAUAUUGUAUUGAAAUUGUUGUUUAUUGUUAUUAUUAUUUAAUAAAAAAAACUCUUUUGCAGCA